UUUCAGUGACAUUGAGUGAAUAAAUUGAAAAUUACAAAAAAAAAUAAAAUUGAAACAAAAAAAAAAUCUUAAAAUAAAUACGCAUAUCAAUCGCAGAUUAAAAGUACGCGCAUUAACUCAUCGAAACUUCGUGAGAGUUAAAUCUUCUCCAAUACUAUCAUACCUAAUCUGUUUCUGUCUCUUCCCCUGGAGUUCAAAGGCGACAAGUCUUGCAACAUGGAGAUUUCAUCAAAAGAAAUGGAGGUCCGUCCCAAUACCAUUGCUGAUGUCAAAGUAGAUGCUUCUUUUCGUCGAAUACCAAAGAAUGCCAUCUGCUUUCAUGUCUGGAAAAUCGAUGAAGAUCGUUUGGAAGCUGAACCCAAAGCCCAGUAUGGAACAUUUGUGGAUGAUUGUGCCUAUAUUAUUUAUGCCGCUGCAGCGGCUGGGACAUACGUCAAUCAAGAUACCAUAACACGAGAAGUGAAACCUUCUGUUAACUUAGAACGUUUUAUUCACUUUUGGCUGGGCGAAAAUGUUUCGGAGCAAAAACGUUCCAAUGUUGCACAUAAAAUACAAGAGCUGGACUCUUAUUUCAAUAAUGUGGCGGUGGAAUAUCGUGAAACACAGGGCAAUGAAAGUGCCCGAUUUUUAUCGUAUUUCAAAAAGGGAAUAACCAUCAAAUGCGGCCAACACUUGAACUCCGCCGAACAGAAUCGUUUGUAUCAGGUCUAUGGACGCAAAUGGUUGCGUUGCAUUGAAAUGCCAACCAUAUCGUGGGAACAUUUCGGAGCCGAUUUUGUAAUGCUAUUGGCAACGGCCAAUCAUUUAUAUGUUUGGAUAGGUCGCUCCUCGAGUAAUGUGGAGCGACGCAAUGCCAUUGAAUUGGCUAACAAAUGGCAAAAGGAUAACACCAAACUAACCAUUGUCGAUGAUGGCUAUGAACAAUCAAUGCCGGAGAAAAGGAAAAAUGAAUGGAAUACAUUUUUGCCAUUGUCACAGAGGUCGGUGUGUCAGAACUCUCCCAUUCCGGAGAAACCAAUUUGUAAUAAAUUGAAAAUCUACAAAUGUUGUUAUCGCAAUAAUCGCCUGCAUCUGGACCAAUUGGAUGUGGUUAUACCGACACGAGAAGAUUUCAGUGAUUCCAGUACGGCAUAUGUUUUGGAUGGCUUUGCCCAGGGUAUAUGGUUGUGGGUGGGCAGCCAGGCGUCGCAACAGGAUAAAACCAAUGCCAUGGGUAAUGGCAGGGCGUUUGUCAAGAAGAAAAAAUAUCCCUAUAGUACUCCAGUUAUACGUGUGGUGGAAGGCCACGAACCGGCUGAGUUUAUACGCCUAUUUCCCUCUUGGCAUGGUGACUGCAAUGAGUUACAAAUGAAACCAUCUUCCACAAUUUUGGGUAAAUUCGACUCGAUGACAUUGUGUCAAAGACCCAAAAUGGCUGCCGAAACCCAAUUGAUUGAUGAUGGCUCAGGAGAACGUAAAAUCUUUCGCAUCACCAAGGAUCAGGUCAUCGAAAUGCCAACAACAAAGGCGGUUUAUUUUACCACCCUGAAUUCAUAUGUCGUCCAGUAUACCGUGGUGAGCUGGUCCAUGAAUCCGAAUGACAGUGAAAGUGUUGGCAUCAAACAAAUCAUCUAUCAAUGGAACGGAUCUGAAGCCUCCACUGAGAUUACAAAUAAAGCUGAAAACUUUGCCAAAAACCUGUUCGAUACAGCAAAUCAGAAAACCAUGUUUGUGCAGAUGAGUGAAUACGAUGAGACUCCACACUUCCUACAAAUGUUCGAGGGCAAGCUAAUCAUACUGCUCAGCGAACGGAGUCUACCACACAACAAUAACAACAACAAUAAUAAUCACAUAAUUUCCAAUGGUCUAAAUGGUCAUGAUUCGGAAAGUUUGGUCCUCAAAGUAUUUGGUGACAGUACCUACAAUGCCAAAGCCGUUGAAGUUUUCCCCCUAUCAUCAAUGUCCGCCAAAGAAUGUUUUGUUGUCAAGUCGCAACAUGUUUGGGUAUGGUGUGGCCAAUCGUCCACGGGGGAUGCCCGAGAGUUGGCCAAAAAUAUCGGUGCUUUAUUGGGUGAAAGUUCCUUGGUGCUGGAGGGCAAAGAACCCAAAGAAUUUUGGCGCUCGGUAACAAAUCUCAUGAACCAAAGUCUCAUAAUGAACGGUGUAAAUCAUUCGCCCAACACCAGCAGUAACGGCAGUUCCAGUAUUGGUACUGCUUCACCCAUCAACUCGAAUGGCAGUAGCUGUGGCACAACACUACAAUAUUUAGGCUCAUGUUCACCGCCCAGUGUGAAACCCCGUUUCCAGGCCCAACUCUUUGCCGUUUGGAAUUUACGCAAUAAAUUCUUUUCCGAAGAGAUAUUGGGUUAUGAUCAAACGGAUCUUUCGCCGGAAUGUAUGUAUGUCUUGGAUGCGGGAAUUAUUACAUAUGUGUGGUUGGGAAAAUAUGUUAGCUCCCAUGAGAAGGUGAAGUAUAUGAAUAUGGCCCAAAACUAUUUGGAAACGGUGCCAAUUGCCCGAAGACCAACCACCGCAAUUGGUGUGAUACAUCAAAAUGAUGAGCCGAAUGUGUUCAAGGGGUUCUUUAACUCGUGGAAUACCGGCAUGUGGAAUAAUUACAUCAACUAUGAACAGAAACGCCAAAUGGUCUCAUCAGGCCAAUCAGUAAUAACAAAUGGCACUGGAAAUGGUGUUGCCCUGCCAGUAAAUGGUGUGAAUGGCAAACUUCCCCCUUCGAUUUUGAAUAACCAAAAAGAUUUCGAUCGCCAUCAAAAGUAUCCAAUUGUAAUGCUGCAACAGGAAAUCGAUUUGCUGCCCGAAGAAGUAAAUCCCUUGAAGAGGGAGGUCCACUUAACCCACGACGACUUCGUAUCCCUUUUCAAUAUGUCCUUCUAUGAGUUUGAUGAAUUGCCCGCUUGGAAACAACAGGAAUUGAAAAAGAAACAUAAACUAUUUUAAAAGCAAAAUUUCCAUCUUUCUUUUAUGUUUGAAAAAUAAUUAUCAACAAUUUUAUAGAAUUUAUAAUUUAUUUUUUAAACAUCUUUACAUAUUUUCUGCAAAUAAUUUCUACAAUAGAGAAAAAAAUUAUAAAUUCCAUUAAAAUUUCUAAUAUUUCUGUAAUAUAAAACAACAACAAGAAAU